CCUGGGCCUCUUUGUUCCUUCCACUGAAGCAGGCCCCAGGGUCUAGGGUCAAACCAACAGAUGAUUCCAUGACAGUUAGCAUCCCUGACAGCAGUCUGGCCCCAAUAUAGGAGUGGUCCCAUAGGCUAUCUCAGCUUCCGCCCCAGCCAAUGCCUUCAGGGAUCACUAAACGUCUAGAUUUUUCCCUUCUUCCGAUGACUAAUCAAAUCCGAAGAGAGGCAUGUGAGAUUCAGGUGGUGGUCUCCGCUUGAACUCUUUGCUUGCCAUGAUGCACCUAACAUCUAGAAACCUCCAGGCGAUCAACUUGUUCAUCUCUUCUUGCUCCUUAGUCUUCUUGGCAUUAGGAAUAUUGGUCGAUGACUGGGUUAGACUAAAUAUUGAAACCGGAAAAAACGUAAAAAUCCACAGCCCAUGGAAAUAUAGUACUAUUUGGCCAAAAGGUGACAUGGAAGUGGUCAGAAUCCUGCUGCUUGUGGUCCUCAGCUUGUCCUACUUCUACAACUGCUACCUGGGAAUGGAAUACACCUACAUGUUCCCUCAGACGGCGUGCGUCAUCUUCACGGCUGCCUUCCUCACUUGCUUCACAGGGAUCCUUCUGAUCUCUGCCCUCAUCCUGUAUCACAUAAGGCUCAGGCAAGGCAAAUCCGUGUACUACUUGAACUACCAUUUAACCUGGAACAUUUCCACGGCCUACAUAAGUAUUUUCUUCCAUUUUGCCUCCGGAUUCUUCUCUCUCCUGGAGUACCAGCGCCGCGCCACAGACAGCAGUCUCCCCUCCGAAACCGAAACCGCCAGCCAAGGGAGUGAUUUCAGAAUGCAGUCUGGGAGUUCUAUCCAAGUUAUUUCCUUACCAGAGACCCCCCCGCCUCCACCUAGCAUUGUCCGUGUCCGCUCUCAGGAAUCCAGGAAUAGUGAUAUCCCAAAACCCACCCAAAUCCAAAAACGCCGGGUGACCUGGGCUCUAUGAGUGGAUCAUCCAUCACUCACCUGUGCUCGUCUUAAGGAAAACAGUCUCGUGUGCACAUUUCCGGGUGGAUGUUCAACCAUGUUGUCUGUAAAAUGACCAUGACCUGGUUGGAAAUCGGUCAGAAAACCCAGACUAUGGCUUUAAAAAAAAAAUCCUUUACCUACUGAACUAGUUUUUUUCUAUUGGAAGUCACCAUUGAAUAGCAUUUGUUAGAAGGUAAUAAAUAUUGCAGAAUGAAUAUUUGCUGUAUUGUUCAUCGUGUACAUCA